AUGAACGACCUAUACCGUGAAUUAUUAACUACUUAUGUAAAACCGGAGCAUAUUACAAGCAAUCUUAAUGAAAUAGAUCCUACUAAUGAAAAACAUUUCAAAAAUUUAGAAGAUGCUUAUUUUGGAUUAGGUGUUCAAAGACAAAUUUCAUCAAGUAACAUGCUACCAGAACUUGUUAUAGAUUUAAAAGAACGAUGCCGAAAAUUUAUAAUAAAAGCUUGUGUAGGUAUAAGAAAACGUUACAGCUUGAAUGAUCCAGUAAUGGCUGCGGUUUCACUAUUGGACCCCGAUAAUUGCGUCGAUACUAGCAAACGCCCAGAAUCUCUCCAACGUAUAUUUGAGCUAUUGCCACGACUGGUACCAAAAUGUUUAAAUGAACAGCAACAAAUCGAUGACCAAUGGAGAAAAUUACCCAGCCUGAUAAAUAAAGUUGAUAGUAGUCAAGCACCUGAUGUGUUUUGGAACCAGAUACUACCAAAAGAAGAUUUUUCAAAGUUAGCAAAUUUUAUGCUCGAAAUUCUAUCUCUGCCCAAUUCUAACGCGGAAUGUGAAAGAAAAUUCAGCGAAAUUAAUGACAUUAAAACAAGAAAGAGAAAUAGAUUAAUCACAAAUACCAUCAAGGGAAACAUAUUAGCGCGCCAGUCCAUUUUAAGAAAUUCUGCUAAUUGUAUUGACUAUAACCCAAAUGAAAAAAUGAUGAAGACUUUUACGGACAAAAUAUAUAAAAAUGAACCCUUAAGUGACAGUGAUACAGACGUUGAUUGA